AUGAACUUUCGCCCUAAGGAAAACGGUAAUCACAUAUGCACUGAUAACGAAGAUGCAAGCGUAGAAGAGCUCGAGGAGAGCUCUCAGGAAGACUAUAAGGCAUCUCGGCGUCAGGGCUCCACAGCUGACGUCUCCUCAAACGAGCGAGAUGAUUUUGGAGAGGAGGGCCGCGAGUUGGACGGUUCCGACUCAUCUGACACCUCCUCCUCUACGUCCGGCUUUAGCGACGAUGUCGAGUUGAUUAUUGGGGAGACGCCGACGCAAUCGAUCAAGGAGCCGCUGGUCGAGUCGGAUGUCGGCUAUCACCGUGCGAAGCGGGAUGCCAUGCGAAGCGAACUUCUAUUAGAGGGCACCAAGACAGGGGCUCCGGGCUUGAUGAUAGCCGACCGCGCCACACCAGCGGCGACGGCGCUUACUUUUCUGGAUGCGGUAGCGCAAAUUCCCGGGCGCCUCAAGAAUGUCGCCCUCGUUGGCGACCUCCAGCACGGCAAGACGUCGCUGCUGCGAAUGCUGCUUCGUGGACAGGGGUACAUCCAAUAUCCAAGCGAAAAGGAUCGAAACAUAUCGCUCAAGACGCACGUUCUAUCUUCCCUGAUGGGGGGGAAUAAGUUGCACCCUUCCUCGCAGCUCAUAACCUUCGUGGAUACCCCGGGACAUCCGGACCUCUUUGAGGAAGCAGCCGCCGGCCUGCGUCUGGUGGACGCGGCGCUUUUUUGCGUGGAUGCCGUGGAAUCCUUCGGCGCCGCGGGGGAGCGCCUGUUGCGGCAUCUCAUCCUCCGUGAGCAACUUCCCGUGGUGCUCGUCAUAACCAAAGUGGAUCGGCUCAUUAUAGAUCUGAAGUUGCCCCCACUGGAUGCGUAUCGCAAGCUCCGCCUGGUGGUGGAUGCGGUUAACAACGUCAUCGUGAGCUGCGGCGGCGCCGCAGGGACUCCGGAGAACCCCGGAUCUAGAAGUCUUGUGGUUUCACCGGAGAACGGCACGGUAUGCUUUUCCUCCGCCAGGUUAGGCCUGUUUUUCUCACUGGUGACGUUCUCGAAAAAAUACUCGGAGAUCUACCCCAGUGUCGAGGUUGGGACACUUUCGCAGUGUAUGUGGGGCCAAGUCACGUUCCACCAGGGCGCCUUUAAGCGGAUCACCAGCUUCCGGGAACGCCCCACAUUCGUAACCUUCAUUUUAGAACCGCUGUACAAAGUGAUCGCGCACUCGGCCACCGGGCAGGGCUCGCAGUCCUUGUCUAAGGACCUCUCGGCCCUGCCACGUUCCCCAAUGACUGCGAUUCAGGAAGCGGUGCGGUACUUCUGUGGCGAUCCAAGCGGGGAGGGGUUGGAUGCCCUUUUAGAUGUUCUCCCUUCCCCAGAGCAGCGCGCGAGCUGGUUGGGCAGCCGCUAUGGCUUGAAUGCCUGCUUUGAGGAUGGGGAAGGGGAGGUGGAGGCGGAGGGGCCACAGGAGGAGGCCACGGUGGCGGCGAUUGCGCCUUUAUUUUGUGUGUUUAACGAGGACGAGGUGGCGGCGGUGGUGCGAGUCGUGCGUGGGACGUUGCGUUGCGCUACCGGUCGAUGGGGGGCAGUAGGUCGUGGCGAGCUCGUCGUAAUCGAUGAUUACUCCAGCGAUGUGAACCCUUUCUAUACGCUUACCCCGGAAAAGCUGCACAUUCGCACCGUUGAGGGUGGGUUUGUGGCGGUGGAAGCGGCCUAUGCGGGGCAGAUUGUGUAUUUAACCAAGAUCGACGCUCCUCAAGUUGGGAAUCAUCUCGUCCUGGUAGGGGGGUCUGCGGUGUCGGCGCUGCAGGAAGAGGAGCGCAUGUUAAAUGGUGAGCGUGAUGCCCAUGACGCCAAGGUCAGCUCGAAUCAUGCGGUGAAUGAGGUUAAAAGGACGGAGUGGAUCAACAACAUCCACCUAAAGGAGCUUAGUUCUGAGAAGCCGUUGGUGCACGUAUCACUUGAGCUGAAGGAGCCUGCGAAGCUCCAGGCGUUCCAGCACGGGUUGGAUAUCCUUUUACGCACCUCGCCAGGGCUCGACAUUCACAAGGAGGAGACAGGCGAAUAUACGUUCACCGGGUAUGGGGAGCUCCAUUUGGAUACAACCCUGUAUCGUCUGCGUCGUGUGCUGUGCCCAACAGUAAAGUUGGGGAUUUCUCAACCGUAUGUCACCUUCUCAGAGACGGUGCUUAGCGAGGAAGGCCUGCUGGCUGUUGCGGGUGCUCAACGAAGGGGGGUCGGCUUUACCUGUGGGACCCUUCCCUCCGCCCUCGUUAGCGCCAUCGAAUAUGAAGAGCUGGAUUUCUUCCCUGAAGAGCCCGAGAAGGUUGUGAAGCUGUGGACGACGAUGCGCCGGGAGUACGGGUUCGAUGCACUCGACGCUCAGCACCUUAUGGCGCUCGGGCCGAGCAAAACCAAAGGCCCCAGUCUCCUCCUCGACGACACCCUCGAGGAGGAGCUCCGUCAUCCCAUCCCGGCGACCCAUCGGCAGGCGAUUAUUGCCGGAUUUCGCGCCGCCACGGCGGCAGGGCCGCUCAUCGGCGGUGUCGUUCGCGGCGUUGCGGCGAGGCUGGUUCUUCUGGAGGCGACUCCAGAGACGCGCGCCCCUGUCGUCCUCGCCAACGCGCGUGCGGCGGUUCGUCAGGGGCUGCUCGGCGCGCAACCCCGGCUGCUCGAGCCGGUGCUCGCCUGUGAGGUUCUCUGCGCGGGCGAGUGCGUCCAGAAGCUGACGGAGAUCCUCCGCCAGCGGCGAGGGGCGGUGGUCGGGGAGGAGCCCAUCGCCGCCACGACGUUGGUGCGUGUGCGGGCGGUGGUGCCCUCGAUCGACAGCUUUGGUCUCGAGACGCAGAUCCGGAUGCUCACCCACGGGCAGGCCUUUCCGUACUUUUGGUUUCAGCAGUGGGAUAUGGUACCGGGGGAUCCCUACGACACGACCAUCCGCGUGCACCCACUGGAGCCGGCACGGGGGCACCAGUUGGCGCGCGAUUUCGUUCUGAAAACGCGUUUUCGGAAGGGUUUAUCAUUGGCGCUUACUGAGGAAUCCUAA